GAAGGGAGAACGUGAGUAGGCUUUCAUCCCCACCAUGGCUGAGCUGAUCCAGAAGAAGCUGCAGGGAGAAGUGGAGAAAUAUCAACAGCUACAGAAGGACUUGAGUAAAUCCGUGUCAGGGAGGCAGAAGCUUGAGGCACAACUUACAGAAAAUAAUAUCGUGAAGGAGGAACUGGCCUUGCUGGAUGGGUCCAAUGAGGUCUUAAAACUUCUGGGUCCUGUGCUGGUCAAACAGGAGCUGGGGGAGGCUCGGGCCACAGUGGGGAAGAGGCUGGACUAUAUCACAGCUGAAAUGAAGCGAUAUGAAUCCCAGCUCCGGGACCUUGAACGGCAGUCAGAGCAACAGAGGGAAACCCUUGCUCAGCUGCAGCAGGAGUUCCAGCGGGCCCAGGCUGCAAAGGCAGGGGCUCCAGGGAAGGCCUGACCCCAUGGUUGGGGGGAGGGAAGAGAAUGAAGCAGCUCUAGGAUCUAUACUGUAGCUAAUAAAAUGUAAAAAUACCUGAAAAAAAAAA